ACAAAAUGAUUAAGAGCCAUGAGAUUCGAUUUUAAAUUAGAUUCUAAUUUGAAAUUCAAAUUCAAUGGAAAAGUUGAUAUGCAAUUGUUCUUUCUAACUUUAAUGCGAUCAAUAAUCUAUUAAAUUAGUCGAAGAUACGUGCAAACCGACGGGAACAUCGCAAAUUGUGCUCCUCCUUCCCGGGUUUUGGGUAUUUCAUAGGUUUCAACCGUACCAGAUAGCUCGCGCCUCUUCUGAUUAUGCUUUAGCUAAAUUCAUCGAAAAAAAAUGCGAACCAGAAAUCAGGCAAAGCGACAGAAUCAAUCAACUGCAAGUGAAGACUCUUUGAAACACUAUGGUGAGAAAGAGAGCCAAAGCGGCUGCAAAGACGAAGCCAGUGGCAAUGAAACUCUGGCAAACAUAUCUCGAGGUGCAGUGGGGAAACUUCUGAAACGAGUCAACAAGUCACGUGGCUCUCGGGGUCUGAAAACAGAUGAUAGUUACCUACGCAAACAGGAUACCAUCGUCGAGCCAGAGAAUGGAUCAAGUGAGGCAGAAAAGCAGCUUACUGGUACUACAGUUGUAAGGACUACAUUAGAUGCUAAAUGCUGCACUACAGAUGUGUUACAAAAUGUGCCAUCGGAAGUGGAACAUGGAAGUACAGAUGUUCAGUGUCAGAGUAUUGAGAGGGAAGAUGAACUUGAUGGUAUUGAUUGGGAAGAUGGGCCAGUUGAUACUUUGAAGUCUGAAAGCAAUGUUAAGGAAGAUACAAUCAAUGGUGUGACUGUUGAGUUUGAUGCUCCGCCUGAUCCUAGUAAACAGAAGACAGUACGCCGAGCAACUGCACAAGAAAAGGAAUUGGCUGAGCUUGUGCAUAAGGUUAACUUGCUUUGUUUACUAGCAAGGGGCAGGUUUGUAGAUAGCGCUUGCAAUGAUCCUCUUAUCCAGGCUUCGUUACUUUCACUGCUGCCUGCACAUCUGCUGAAGUUGACCGAUGCUCCAAAACUUACUGCAAAGGCACUAGCUCCUCUUGUCAAUUGGAUCCAUAGUCAUUUCCGUGUUAGAGGUGCAAAUGAUAUGGAGAAGCCAUUUCAUUCAGCUUUGGCAUCAACUCUCGAGUCCCAGGAAGGGACCCCAGAAGAGGUUGCUGCAUUAUCUGUGGCCCUGUUUAGGGCCUUGAAUCUUACGACCAGUCCUGGAUUGUAUACCAUGAGGAUUCAUUUAAAUGUGCAAGUCAGUGGGAGGGAGUUAAGCUGUGUAGAGCAGUCAAACUCUGAAACUAUCUCAAGUCGGUUGAAUUAUUUUUAUGACUUGUAUUCCCCAGUUGGUAAUAAGUUCGUAUCAAUCUUGGAUGUGGCUUCUUUGAAGCCUGAAAUUGAGAAAUCAUAUCCCUCUGGUAAAGGCCCUAGUAAGGCUGGUAGUGGGAUAUUUAGCUCUUCAACAUUGAUGGUGGCUGGACCAAAGUGUUCUCCUCUCUCUCCUGCUAAAUCUAUGGCUUAUGGCAAGCACAAUGUUUCUGAUAAGACUUCAACAUCUGCUGGCCAAGCUACCAAUGACAAGUCUAGAGAAACUAUUACAGAUAAGUCUAAUAAAAGAAUGUCAGCAUCGACAUCAGAUGCUCAGGGUGAUUCUAAUGAUGCAUGUAUUAAAAAAAAAGAGCAGCCAAAGAGAAAAGGGGACCUUGAAUUUGAGAUGCAGUUGGAAAUGGCUCUUUCUACGACCGCAGUUGAAAUUGCUAGGAACACUAUGAUCUCAGAUGUGAAGGAUGUAGGAAGCACUUCAUCAAAUGUAUCACCUUUCAAAAAGAAGAAAAUUAAAGCAGAAGAGUGUUCAACUUCCUCUCAUGGAAUAUCAACUGCUGUUGGAUCUAAGAAAGUAGGGGCACCUCUAUACUGGGCAGAGGUCUACUGCAGUGGUGAGAACCUGACUGGGAAGUGGGUGCAUGUUGAUGUUGUAAAUGCAAUCACUGAUGGAGAGCAAAAUGUGGAAGCUGCAGCAGCUGCAUGCAAGUUGCCUUUAAGAUAUGUUGUUGCUUUUGCUGGAAAUGGAGCUAAAGAUGUGACACGCAGGUACUGUACAAAGUGGUACAAGAUAGCAUCUGAACGAGUCAACUCAAUUUGGUGGGAUGCAGUAUUGGCACCAUUAAAGGAGUUGGAGUCGGUUGCCACCAGUGAUGUAGUUCAUUUUGCACAAGGAGGGAAUUCUUUUACAGCAACCAGGAGCUCUCUCGAAGACAUGGAGUUGGAAACAAGGGAACUGACUGAACCUCUUCCAACAAAUCAACAGGCUUACAGAAGCCAUCACCUAUACAUAAUUGAAAGAUGGCUUAACAAAAAUCAGAUACUCUACCCCAAAGGACCUGUAUUAGGUUUUUGUUCUGGUCAUCCAGUAUACCCACGAUCUUGUGUACGAACACUCCAAAGAAAGGAAAGAUGGCUUCGCGAGGGGCUCCAAGUGAAAGCUAAUGAGAUACCCGCAAAGGUUCUGAAGCGUUCCGGAAAGCAGAACAAAGGACAUGAUGUUGAAGAUGAUGAUUAUGGCGAGGGAGAUUGUGAAGGAACUGUCGCUCUCUAUGGACAGUGGCAAACUGAACCACUGUUUCUUCCUCCUGCAGUAAAUGGCAUUGUACCUAAGAAUGAGCGAGGUCAAGUGGAUGUCUGGUCCGAGAAGUGCCUUCCACCCGGUACAGUCCAUUUGAGAUUGCCAAGGUUGGUUCCUAUUGCUAAAAGGCUGCAAAUAGAUUUUUCACCUGCUAUGGUUGGAUUUGAAUUCCGAAAUGGUCGAUCUCUACCUGUUUAUGAGGGGAUUGUGGUGUGUACCGAGUUCAAGGAUGCAAUUCUUGAGGCAUAUGCAGAAGAAGAGGUGAGAAGAGAGGCCAAAGAGCGGAGGAGGACUGAAGCAGAAGCUCUUUCUAGGUGGUAUCAGCUUCUUUCAUCACUUAUUACCCGACAGAGGCUGCACAAUUGUUACGUAGACGGGGCAUCCUCACAAUCAGCAGUCAAUAUUGCAACAUCCAACGAUAAAUCCUCCUUACUAGCUGGUGGCAGUGAGAACACGAGGAGCGCUCGUCAAGAAAAAUCUGAGAUAGCCAAAUCUAAUAGUCCACCAUUUGUACUUGCAGAAAACCAUGAGCAUGUUUUCUUUGUAGAAGAUCAGACUGUUGAUGAAGAAAGUUCAACAAGGACGAAACGAUGUCGUUGUGGCUUUUCAGUUCAAUAUGAGGAGUUGUAGAGCUUUAAAUCUCUCAAUUUUAGUAUGAGAAAUUAGAGAACUUUUUAUUCUCAUGCAAAGUUGGGUUGUAAGUUGAAGUUGAUAGAAAUACUAAUGUAUGAUUGUAUGUAACAUCAGAUCAUGACAACAAUCUGUCUUUUUGUAUAAUAUCGGUUUGGGAUGAGCUUAAAUAAUGCGAUAUGGUAACUAGUGAGUUUUUGAGCCA